AUGUCAUCCCCGCGCGAACCGUCAGACCUUGAUCCGGAUGAGCUAACUUCCCCGCUGUCAUUCGUGGAGUUGAUGGGCUUGGAACGACUGGAGGACGCGACGGAGUCCCACGCGAGUACUCUUGAGCCAGAAAAAUUUGAGAGGUUCCGCUCGUUAGCAGCCCCUUUUCCUCCGGGCGAGGGAACGCGUUCAUUCGGAGGACAUGUGUAUGCCCAGUCCGCAUACGCGGCUUCGAAGACUGUUGGGAAAGGCUUUGUGAUUCAUGAUAUGACCGGUACUUUUAUACUGGCUGGCCGGCUUGAUAUCCCGUAUAUAUACACUGUCCGGCAUGUUCGAGAUGGCUUCGUGUACUGUACAAGGACAGUUGAUGCCCGGCAGGAUGGUAAAAUCAUGUUCUCUUGCCUCUGCUCGUUUAAGCGCGAUGAGAAUCAGCGAACAUUUCAUCAUCAACCUCUCCCUGUCCAGGAGAGGUUUCAAUCGGUGCUGGCGGGGAAACGACCUGAGGAUCAGCCCGUCAGCCCUAGUGUUGAUGCGGACUGGUGGAUUGACACUGUCCAACAAGGGAAUAUCGUUGAGCGCGAGUUUCCCGGUCUUGAUGUUCGGAAAAUAGACAUGAAGGACUAUAACAAGACUCGGUCUAUCCAAGAGCGACCCGAGAGCUAUCGUCAGUUGACCCAGUACCGUUUGAAGGGACUACCGGAAGAAGACCCGAAAGCAACACUCGCUCAGAUUAAAGAGAGGCACCUGACCGGGGAGUAUGAUAAUCUAUAUGCUUGUGCGCAUAUGUACUCCAGUGAUAAGAACUCUCUCCUUUUGAUCCCACGUUCACUUGGUAUCAAGCACUGGGCAGAAAUGGCGAGCCUUACCUUGACGGUCAUCAUUCACCAGCAUAGCGAGGCAUUGAGAAUGAUUGAUUGGGAUGAGACAUCUAGCCAGGACUCCAGCCCCUCUAUGAGAUGGUUUAUACAGGAGGGUUGGACACCCCAAUCGGCAGAGAACAGAGCUGUGCAUGAAAGUCAUCUUUGGGCUCCAGACGGCACGCUGAUUGCGACUUCAAUACAGGACAGCAUGCUCCGGCUGCGAAAACUUGGUCGCUCCGGGAAUUUGUGA